AGUUGAAUAGAUUGUUUGUAACUCUUGCGUUGUAAUCGUCUAAAUUAUAUUUUACACCUUCCUUCGCCCUCGCCCUCGGUUUAUAUAGCCUUGCCCUCGCCUACUGCCUACUCAAGAUACCUAUAAGAAACUGCCUACUAGUGCGUAGAAAAGGAUCCAGAGAAAAAGACAUGUCACAAGACAGAGGAGAUGAUGUUAUGAGUCCACCUCAGCUGAAUGUUCUACUUGAGCGUGAUCCAUACCUGAAACCCUUUGAAAAGGAAAUAAGGAGGAGAUAUGGUGAGUUCACCAAGCUCCUGCACAGCAUCAAUGAACAUGAGGGCGGCCUGGACCACUUCAGUCGUGGCUACGAGCGGUUCGGCUUGCAUGUGCAGCCAGACGGCUCCAUCAGCUGCCUUGAGUGGUGUCCAGCUGCCGAGGCUCUUUACCUGAAGGGCGAGUUCAACAACUGGCAGCUGGCUGAGUUCCAGCGGCAGCCGUUCGGCAAGUGGCAGCUGAUUCUGCCAGGGCGCGCCGGCCAGCCACCCAUCUCCCACCUGUCACAGGUCAAGCUGGUAGUGAAGACCAAAGACGGUCAGUUCGUGGACCGUCUCUCCCCGUGGGCCACCUACGUCAAGCCGCCGCCCACCAAGGACCAGGGCAUCGCCUACAACCAGCACUUCUGGAACCCGCCGGCCAGCGAGCGGUACCAGUUCAAGCACUGCCGGCCGCGCCGCCCGGCCAGCCUCCGCAUCUACGAGUGCCACGUGGGCAUCGCCACUCCCGAGGGCCGCGUCGGACAGUACGGCGAGUUUGGCCGCGACGUGCUGCCGCGCAUCGCCAAGCUGGGCUACAACGCCAUCCAGCUGAUGGCCAUCAUGGAGCACGUCUACUACGCCAGCUUCGGCUACCAGGUCACCAGCUUCUUCGCCGCAUCCAGCCGGUACGGCACUCCCGAGGAGCUGAAGCAGCUGAUUGACGCCGCUCACGCACUGGGUAUCUACGUGCUCCUCGACGUGGUGCACUCUCACGCCUCCAAGAACGUGUUGGAUGGCCUGAACGAGUUCGACGGCACGGACAGUUGCUACUUCCACGGCGGCGCGCGCGGCGUGCACUCGCUCUGGGACUCGCGUCUGUUCAACUACAGUAGCUGGGAGGUGCUGCGCUUCCUGCUCUCCAACCUGCGCUGGUACAUGGAGGAGUACCAGUUCGACGGCUUCCGCUUCGACGGCGUCACCUCCAUGCUCUACCACAGCCGCGGCAUCGCGCAGGGCUUCAGCGGCGACUACAGCGAGUACUUUGGCCUGGGCACUGACACCGAGUCGCUGGUGUACCUGAUGCUGGCCAACCACAUGACGCACACGCUGUACCCGGAGUCCACCACCGUCGCUGAGGAUGUGUCGGGCAUGCCGGCGCUCUGCUGUCCGGUCGAGAUGGGCGGCACCGGCUUCGACUACCGGCUGGGCAUGGCCAUCCCGGACAAGUGGAUCGAGAUGCUGAAGGAGUACUCGGACGAAAACUGGAACAUCGGCAACCUCGUGCACACGCUCACCAACCGGCGCUGGCUGGAGAAGACGAUCGCCUACGCCGAGUCGCACGACCAGGCUCUGGUCGGCGACAAGACGAUAGCGUUCUGGCUGAUGGACAAGGAGAUGUACACGCACAUGUCGACGCUGAGCCCUCCCAGCCUGGUGAUCGAUCGCGGGAUCCAGCUGCACAAGAUGAUCCGGCUGCUGACGCACUCGCUGGGCGGAGAGGCCUACCUCAACUUCAGCGGCAACGAGUUCGGUCACCCGGAGUGGCUCGAUUUCCCCCGGAUCGGCAACAACGACUCGUACCACUACGCCCGGCGGCAGUACAACCUGGUGGACGACCAGCUGCUGCGCUACCGCAUGCUCAACGACUUUGACGCAGCCAUGAACCACCUGGAGGAGAAGUACGGCUGGCUGCACUCCGAUCCGUUCUCCACGGGUCGUGUGACGGACCCAACCGACCUCCACUGGCCCGUCUACGCCCAGGCGUACGUCAGCUGCAAACACGAGGAUGACAAGGUGAUCGUACACGACCGCGCCGGCCUGGUGUUCGCCUUCAACUUCCACGCGAGCAAGUCGUUCACCGGCUACAAGGUGGGAGUGGACCAGCCGGGCUGCUACCGCGUCGUGCUCGACACGGACCGGGAGGAGUUUGGCGGACACAACCGGGUCGACCCCGAGGCCAAGUACCACACCAUGAACGAAGGAUUCAACGGACGCCGUUACUCGAUGCUUGUAUACCUGCCGAGCCGGGCGGCGCUGGUGUACGCCCGCUGUGACUGAGACUGACCGACCCCUGUCCGCCGGAGGUGGCGCCAGUAGAACGGUGUGCAAUACGAGCGCCCUGCCCGCCACGAGCUGUGUGAAUGUGCCUGGCCGGCCGGCCGGGCGGCGACCCGGGCCGGCACAGCCGACCGACUGUGAACGAGCUAUGCUGGCCAUCAAAUGGCUGUGGAGCGGCGCACGCGUCAGUAGAGGCUAUUGCUGUUUUAUAUUUUGUAUGCCUAUUGGUUUCAGAUCUGAAAAUGUUGUUAACACGUUAUGAUUUAGAAGUUUUUGGUUAUGUAGAUUUUAAACUGUCUUCUCAGGACGUGUUGCUGAUACUCUGCCUGCUUAGGGAGCCAUAUAUACGAAUAAAUUGCUGGGCAAUUA